AUGCCAACUACCCAAGAACUGUUGCCUGUUAUCCUCACGUUGGCUGCAAUUGUGGCAACCUACUUUUAUCUGAAUGCAAAAAGGGAAAUAUUGAACCCCAAAGUAUUCAAGAGCUUCAAGCUUAUCGAAAAGAUUCCAGUAUCACACAAUACCUCAAAAUAUCGUUUUGAAUUACCAAAACCUGACGAUGUACUAGGCCUGCCAGUGGGCUCGCACAUUGCUAUUAUGGCUGAAAUCAACGGUAAAAGAAUCUCGAGAAGCUAUACACCUACAACACCUGAAGAAGAUAGAGGCCAUUUUGAUCUUGUUAUCAAGUCUUACCCUACAGGUAACAUUUCGAAAUUGAUGGGUGAAUUAAAAGUUGGGGAUUCAGUGGGCAUGAGAGGUCCCAAAGGAAAUUUUGUGUAUAAAAGCAACAUGUGCAGAGAAAUUGGCAUGAUUGCAGGUGGAACUGGUAUCACACCUAUGCUACAGAUCAUCCGACGUGUCUGCAACGAUCCGACAGACAAAACAAAGAUCAGCCUCAUCUUUGCCAAUGUGACAGAAGACGACAUUUUGUUGAAAAAGGAAUUGGAUGAAAUCGCAAAGGCAUCGCCAGAUAAUUUUCAAGUACAUUACGUCCUCGAAAGACCACCAUCAGAGAGUUGGGAUGGAGAGGUUGGUUUGGUGACGAAGGAAAUGAUUGAGAAAUACUGCCCAAAACCAGCAAAAGAUGUCAAAUUGCUAUUAUGUGGACCAUUGCCGAUGAUAAAGAUGUUGACUACCGCCACAAAUGAACUCGGCUUCCAGAAACCAAGAGCUGUCUCCAAGAUGGAAGAUCAGGUAUACAAGUUUUAA